GUGGCGCUGAUGGGAGGCAAACCACCAGAAACGCAAAGAGGAAGAGUGCGGAGCGGUUUGUGGGUUGGAGAACAGGAAGCUCUAAGGUGAAAUGUCGCCCUUUUGUAGAGAACUCUGUCUUCUUCUGUUAUUACUGGCUCAUGCCCAGGCUGACAACUGUCUUACUGCCAUCGUUGGAGAGACGGUGCAAAUCCCCUGCUCUCUGAACACUGAAGAGUCUUUAAAGACGGAGGACAUUUCUGUUGAAUGGAAAACAUCUGAAGAUCUCAUUGUUCAUUCAUUUGUCAAAGGACAGGAUUAUCUGACAAAUCAGGCCCCCCAGUUUAAAGGCAGAACGCAGCUCUUUAGGUCUGAGCUUUCACGUGGCAAUCUGUCCCUGAGGCUGUCCAGUGUGUCCCUAACUGACGAUGGGGGCUAUGCCUGCAACUACCACCGUGCUGGGGAGUCCAACUCCAGACAGCUGUCUCAGGAUGUGCCUUCAAAUUGCAGGUCGUUACUCUGUCCCAGUUGUCCAAGGACCAGCAUCACCAGUGUUUAAAGACAGUGAGGUCAGUUUCACCUGCAAGUCUACUGGGGGAUUCCCUGAGCCAAAGGUCCAGUGGUCUGUGAAUAAGGAGCUGCUUCAGAACUCAGGACAAGUAAGCACAACACUGAGCAAAGACAGCAGAGGUCUGUACAGUGUGACCAGCGUCCUGACUGUGAAUGUGACAGGAGACGUGUCUGUGACCUGCACUGUCGAGAAUGACAGACUGAGGGAGAAGAGGACAUCAGCUGAAAUUCAGUAUCUGAUUAAAGCAGAGAAAGAGUCAAACGGAGUGAGUGGAGGCACCAAGGUGAUACUGGUGUUAGUGGCAGUGCUGGUUGUGCUGGUGGGGCUGCUGAUUGUAGCGAUUGUGGUGUUAAAGAGGAGGAAGAGGAAACUCAUAGAAUACCAGUAUCAAACAAAGACCAGGAAUCUGAAACUCCACUGCAGCAAACACCAAAAAAGGACAACCCUGAAGCUUAGCAGCUCUGAGAAUGUGAAAGAAGAUUAACUUGUGCUGAGACUACAGUGUUGGCAUUGAGGAGUUUCAAGUGAGCGCCUGAGGAACACACAAGUGAAUCUGAAGCACUUUGUCUUCAUUUGGACAAAUUUGAAUUUGCACUGAGCAAGUUGACUGGAAGGUGAAUGAGUUGACAGUUUUUAAUGAAUGAACUUCAAUGUCAAGAAUGUUCUUCACUGUUCUCCAUUCCAGGUGGCUAUGAGUGUUAAAAGAUGGAGCACUGAAGCCCCUAACUGAUCCCAGCACCUAAACGACACACAGACUGAUGUGACGCCACUACUAAGACAUGAGGAAGAAGCUUUGUGUCCUUGAAAAAUGGAACUAAAAAUGAGAACAUUUGCCCGUAUUUCCAUUGAUCCUUUAUUCGAUUCGCAAAUGCUUUUAUCCAAAGAGACUUACUGUAUCAGUGAGGUUCACACAUCACUUAGGGUCUGUUUUUAAACUAGUGGUACAAGCCUAGGAUAGAGAAAUUGACCAAAACAAGUGAAAAGUCCUCCAGAGCAGUGAUCUUCAAAGUGUGGUCAGCAAGAUGACAGUCAUCAGGGCCAAGUGACUUUUAAAUUAUUCAGAUGCGUCAGUCUGUUAUAUACUUAAGUAGACAUUUAUUUAUAACAAUCAAGGCUGCUAUCUGACAUCAGUAGACUUGCAUACAUCAGAAAUGGCUCCAAAACUACCACCAUGGAGUGCAGCGUCUCGCUUUCUUGUAGAUGGUAACGAGUUUUGCUUCAUUUUGUGGCCUUCCUGCUCCAGGCUUGUUUGUGUGUUGUGGUUGCCCCUUUCACUCUCAUGGUCUCUUACACCCUCAGUGUCUCUCCAGGCCAGACAUCUUGGUCACUGCACUGGUCCUUCUAAACUCACUGUGAUGUCUGCCAGAUCAAGGUAGGCCUUUAAUUCCAUGCACUGUGAGGACAAGCGGCCUUCUGUUGAUCGAUCUUCAUGACUAAAUGGCCAUUAUGGUCACUGGAUGAAAGGUGGGAAGUUUGAAUCUUAAAUUCUGCAGUGUUGGAUUUGAAUGUUAGUGCAAUUCUGUCUCAUAUUUCUGUCAAAAACUAACUGGCGACUGUCAGACUUGAAGGGUCCAAUUUUAGCAAAGUGGUCCAAAACGCGUCAAGUGCCACUGCACUGGGCCUUAUAUGUAAGUAAAGAGUAAACCGAUUAAAUCAUACGACUAGUUAGCUUUAACUACAAAAAGAGCUGAGCAUGAAACCUUUGCCACUGAUAACUUUCUCUUAGCUUCUCUACUUCUGCUGAGGACACCAUGCUGAUAAGAGGGUGAUGGACCUGAUUACUCUAAAGAGGUGCUUGGACUUCAUCAACAUGUAAUGGAUGGAGUUUGCUGUCCAUACAUCUUAAUCUGCUGGUACAGAAUACAAGUGAGAUGAUCAAGGAAGAAAGAAACUACUCAAAAGUGACAAAGGGCUAACUCAUCACGAACGUGUAGCGCCACAUUUUACACUAGCAAGGGAAGAAGAGCUUGUGAAACCUCAAAAGGCUUUGGCUAUCAAGUGAUGGAAGAUGAAAGAUGAAGGCUGAUCUGCCUUUGGUCUGUCUGAUGGGCCUCAGUACAUCAACACAACGUCUUCAGCAUGACAGGAAAUGGACAAAAGCAAAGUGUCCGUGCUGCUGUAUUUAGUAAAGGGUGUCAUCUGUUCUGCCAUGUUGUCACUUGGUGAGGAGCUCAGUGCAGGAACAAAGCUGUUUUUACUGUUGUGUUGAAUUUGUGAGGUGGCCAUGAUGGAUUGUGAAGAGGGCCACUUGUGUUCUGUUUUGUGGGUCGUAUUUACUCCUUAUUGACACCCAUUGCACAUUCAAAUUACCUAGAAGGGAGUCUCCCUCAGAAGUGCCUUUGCCAAGAAUUGUUCCUUUUUUUUUUUUUUUUCUUUUUCUUUUGGAAGAUUUUCUUGUCUUUUUCGGUGGUUAAGGUUAGGGGCUGUCAAAGGUCUUUUGAGGCAUUGCUUGUGUGAUUUUUGGACUCUACAAGAAGUAAAUAAAAAUAGUUUCUGUUGUA